ACUAGAGUUAGGAACCAGUGGUCUUUCUGGCUUGUCGACCGCAGGACGACCAAACCCCGCGCCCGUGCUGUGCAGCAAGGGGGGCAGAUUAAAAACUUAGGCGCUGUCCAUGGUGCUGAAUCGCCCCUCGGUGUCCCUGUGAAUCUGAGCGGGGACCGACACCAUCUUUUCUGCGUGACCUGUUCGCACCUGAGCUUACGGAUGAUCGAUCACCCCACGGAUAAUGGAGGUUCACAGUUUCAGCCGCCAGAUUUAGUCAGAGGUUGGACUGUCUCAGUUUGCAUGAGAUCAUAAAUGAUGGACUCGGGGAAUUGAAGGCUGAGUGAACAGUCGGAAGGACAAAAUGUUUGAGAAGACAUCGUUUGUUGUCACGUACUUUCACAGGUUAUCGCUUCACUGACCAGCUCGAGCCAGACUGAGCCAACAACCGUUCAUUCACUCAUUCACAAGGAAUUCCAGCACGUUAUUUACAAAAAAUGAUCUACUGUAAUUUAGUUACCCUUCAGUAAUAUAUUUGCAUUCUUUGUAAUCUAAGAAGAGCAAGUAAACCCUCCAAGGCAUGGCUCGUCUGCUUGUUUUGGUAAACUCCAUGAUCCUGUUGCUCUUUGUCAGCGACAUAUUCUUGGUUGGAGCAAACCGGCCACCAGCUCCUGUCAAUGUGUCUGUCAUGCAUCUGAGAGCAGACUCUGCCACUGUAUCCUGGGAGGUUCCAGAGGGAGACAUAAUAAUUGGCUUCUCCAUCUCACAACAGCGGCAGGACGGACACAUGCAGCGAUUCAUUCGAGAGGUCAACACCACCAGCCGUUCUUGUGUUCUUUGGGACCUGGAGGAAGAGACAGACUACAUCAUACAGGUCCAGUCAAUUGGCCUUUAUGGGGAAAGCCAAGCCAGCAAGAAAGUCCAUUUUCGCACCCUAAAGAAGACAGAUCGCUUCCCUUCCAACAGUUCCAACCAAGAUGACCCCACUGUGCAGGGCCUGGAUAAGUCUCGGCACCUGCAAACUGGAGAAAUGAUCAUAAUUGUGGUGGUCUUGCUCAUGUGGGCAGCUGUUAUUGCCCUAUUCUGCCGGCAAUAUGACAUCAUAAAGGACAACGACUCCAGCAACAAUAAGGAGAAGGUCAAGCCGUUAUCGGAAAGGAGCACGCCGGAGCACCACAGCGGGGGACUGCUGAGGAGCAAGUUUCACCCCUCUGUGCCAUCGAUCAACAUCAUUGAAGUUUAAGAAGAAGGAGACCAAACUUAAACCUGUUUGUCUUCAGCCAGUAACGCAUUUUUUGACAUUUUCAUUGAUGAGGGGACUGAACAGAAAAUAGUUGAGAAAAAUAUGAACUUUCUGUGGGUCAUCAUCAGUGUGCGUCAACAGGAGACACACAUGCAUGAACCAACUAUUCAUAUGGGGAAACCCCAACAUACAGGUACACACACAAACUCCAUCCAGCAACCCUAUGAAACAUACACACUACUGUACACACUGACACUCCCUACAGUUGGUGUGGGUUGAUUAGACAUGAAUUAAUAUUAACUAAUGGUGCAGUCAGCACUAAUGUCUUCGCCGGGUGCUUGGUAUAUUAUUGCAAUACAAAACACACAAUAUCAUCUCUGGGAGGCCUGUCUUUGUGACUUUAAACUGUAUUUUUGACAUUGGCAUGUGCAGUUAGAUACAACUUUCACCUGUUAUAGGCAAGUGCGAAUAGUGUUGAUAUAAUGCCUGGUCAUAAAUAUAUAAUAUUAUCUGAUUGCUGUGAGUAGGAGAGAAAGUACAUGUGUCCAAAAUUAAUUUGAAAAAGCUACAGUCAUUCCUCUUAUUACUAAUAUUGUUCCUUUUUUCCUAUUGUUAACACUAAAAUGCCAUUUUCGGGAUAACACUGUAUUAUUUCAUAUGUAACGAACAUAUUUCAUUCAUUUACUAAAUCAGGUUGCAUGCAGGGUUUCGCGUGUAGAAUAGUAUUUGAUGUUGAUUUUUAGUUCAAAGCUAAAUUGUAGUACCAGCAGGUAGUUCCAUAUAAUUUUUUUAUUUAUUUAUUUAAUUUUUUUAUCUGCUUUUAGGAAAAGAUGUUGCCUUUUAUCAUCUAAUGUGUCUUUACUGUCAUUUCCUGACAGUGGGUGUAUUUCCUUAAAAUAAACUGUCUUUUGAAUGUCCCAUUACAAAACUGAAACUAAUCUAAUAAAGUUUCUCUCACUGAAAAGAAUAAACCCCUUUAAGUUUUGACAAAAUGCACUUCCACACAUGCAAUACUCAUCCAAUGCUACAUAGAUGGAUUGUGUGCUUUAAAUCCUUAAGUCAGGAAUUUUACAAGAAAACUGCAAUAAAUACACAAAAUGUUUGGUAAACUUUGUCAUAAUAAGUGUUUAAGUUAUUUAAAACCUUACAUAAGCAAGACAUUGAUUUAUUAAUGGCAGUAAUUCAAAUUAUUG